CACAUCUCCCAUCAGUUCCUCAUUGCAGGUCCAAGUCACUCUGAAGCCAUCCCCUCCUCACUUCCUCCUCCCUGAGGAUGGAUCAGAGCUACUGUCCUGCCCAGGGCUUCCCAUCCGAGGACCCUCUCUGGCCACUGGCAGCCCAGCAGCAGAGCUCAGCCCCCCACUGGGAACCAGCCACAGGUGGCUGCGAUGGGACGGGAGCCAUGAAUGGUGCCGCCCCCGGCCCCGCCGCAGCUGCCCCGGUCCCGGUGCCGGUCCCGGACUGGCGGCAGUUCUGCGAGCUGCACGCGCAGGCGGCCGCCGUGGACUUCGCGCACAAGUUCUGCCGCUUCCUGCGGGACAACCCGGCCUACGACACGCCCGACGCUGGGGCCUCCUUCUCCCGCCACUUCGCCGCCAACUUCCUGGACGUGUUUGGCGAGGAGGUGCGCCGCGUGCUGGUGGCCGGGCGCGCCGACGCCAUGGAGCCCGAGGCGGCGGAGACCCCGGCCCUCAAGGCGGCGGCCUACGGCCACUCGCGGAGCUCGGAGGACGUGUCCACGCACGCGGCGACCAAGGCCCGCGUCCGCAAGGGCUUCUCUCUGCGCAACAUGAGCCUGUGCGUGGUGGACGGCGUGCGCGACAUGUGGCACCGGCGCGCCUCGCCCGAGCCCGACGCUGGCGCUGCCCCACGGGCCGCCGAGCCCCCAGCCGAGCCGCGUGACAAGUGGACGCGGCGCUUGCGGCUGUCGCGGACGCUGGCGGCCAAGGUGGAGCUGGUGGACAUCCAGCGCGAGGGCGCGCUGCGCUUCAUGGUGGCCGACGACGCGGCCGCGGGCCCCGGGGGCGCCGCCCAGUGGCAGAAGUGCCGCCUGCUCCUGCGUAGGGCCGUCGCCGGGGAGCGCUUCCGCCUCGAGUUCUUCGUGCCACCCAAGGCCUCCAGGCCCAAGGUCAGCAUCCCUCUCUCGGCCAUCAUCGAGGUCCGUACCACCAUGCCCCUGGAGAUGCCAGAGAAGGACAACACGUUCGUGCUCAAGGUGGAGAACGGGGCCGAGUACAUCCUGGAGACCAUCGACUCGCUGCAGAAGCACUCGUGGGUAGCUGACAUCCAGGGCUGUGUGGACCCCGGUGACAGUGAGGAAGACGCCGAACUCUCCUGUGCCCGGGGAGGCUGUCUAGCCAGCCGCGUGGCCUCCUGCAGCUGUGAGCUCCUGACAGAUGCAGACGUGCCCCGGCCCCCAGAGACAACAGCAGCCAUGGGUGCCGUGGUGACAGCCCCCCACAGCCGAGCUCGAGAUGCCGUUGGAGAAUCCCUGAUCCACGUCCCACUAGAGACCUUCCUACAGACUCUAGAAUCCCCGGGCGGCGGCAGCAGUGACAGCAAUAAUGCAGGGGAGGAGGGGACAGAGCCAGAUCCUGAGGUUGAGCCUGAGCUGGAGCUCUCCGACUACCCCUGGUUCCACGGGACGCUGUCACGGGUCAAGGCAGCGCAGCUGGUGCUGGCAGGUGGGCCCCGAAACCACGGCCUCUUCGUGAUCCGCCAAAGCGAGACGCGGCCCGGGGAGUAUGUGCUGACCUUCAACUUCCAGGGCAAGGCCAAGCACCUGCGCCUGUCCCUGAAUGGCCACGGCCAGUGCCACGUGCAACACCUGUGGUUCCAGUCCGUGCUUGACAUGCUCCGCCACUUCCACACGCACCCCAUCCCGCUGGAGUCGGGGGGCUCCGCUGACAUCACCCUGCGCAGCUAUGUGCGGGCCCAGGGCCCCCCGCCUGAGCCGGGGCCCGCGCCCAGCGCCGCGCCCGCGCCCCCCGCCUGCUGGAGCGAGCCGGCCGGCCAGCACUACUUCGCCAGCCUCGCCGCCGCCCCCUGCCCGCCAGCCUCGCCCUCCGACGCCGCCGCCACUGCCUCCUCGUCGUCCGCCUCGUCGUCCUCGGCCGCGUCCGGACCCCCGCGCCCCGCCGACGGCCCGCUCAGCGCGCGCGGCCGCAGCGACAGCGCCGAGCGCCUGCUGGAGGCCACGGCCGGGGGCGCCGAGGAGCCCCCGGAGGCGGCGGGGGGCCGCGCGCGCGCCGUCGAGAACCAGUACUCCUUCUACUAGCGCCCGCCGCGCUGGGGGGAGGCGCCAAGCUCUUCAGUGAAGACAUAAUGUUAUUAAAGAGCCUGUUUUAGGGACUGCA